AUGAGAGUUUUACUUGUUCAUUUCUUUACCUUUCUUUUGGUGUCUUUUGCUGACUGUCGUAAUCCCGUUAGCCUAGAAGAUAAUGGAUACCGUGAUGUACUGGUGGCAAUACACGAAAGUAUCGAGGAAGAUCCUUUGCUGAUUACUAGAAUCAAGGAGAUAUUUACUAGUGCAUCAUCGCAUCUGCAUCUUGCCACUGAAUAUCAUACAUACUUUAACAAUGUAACGAUACUCAUACCAAAGACGUGGAGUGACAAUCUCACGGAAGCAGCGGCGACUACAGAGAGAUUUGAUCUAGCUAAUGUCAUAGUGGACCAGCCAAAUACCAACUAUGGACACAAUCCGUAUACAAAACAAAUUCUUAAAUGUGGGGAUCCAGGACAGUAUAUACAUCUGACAGAACGAUGGAUUAAAGACAAACAGUUUAGCUGGUAUUAUUGGGGGGAUUCAGGGAAGGUGAUCGUACAUGAAUGGGCUCAUUUACGAUGGGGUGUAUAUGAUGAGUAUCCUGAAGAAGAGUAUGAUCAUUUUUAUUAUGACGAAAAUGGCAAUGUACAACCCACUAGAUGUUCUGAGGCUGUCACAGGGAAAUCAUUGAAUAUAUCAGACAACUACAAAGAAUGUAACACGGACCCUUCAAGUGGUGUCAUGCCGAGUACUGGGUGCAGAUUCUUUCCUGAUCUAGAUAACAACGAGGCAACAGCUUCAUACAUGUAUGCAAACUACCUCGACUCAGUUGUGACGUUUUGUCACGGUAAUGAUGAAAAAGAUCAGAAGGCAAAACACAACCGUUUGGCACGAAACAAGCAAAACAAACAAUGUUGUUAUCAGAGUGUGUGGGAAGUAAUGCUGCAACACUCCGACUUUGGAGAGGGAAACGAACCUGCUGUUGAUAUAAAUGUGACACCUUCGUUUUUGGUUGUACAAGAAAUUGAGCUCCGAAUCGUCCUGAUACUUGAUAUAUCAGGUAGUAUGAAUACUAAUGAUCGUUUUGAUUUGAUGAUACAGGCGAGUACAAAAUACAUAGGCUACACUGUGCCAAGUGACACAUGGCUUGGCAUUGUAGAAUUUAGCACAGAUGCCACCAUUUUAUCGUACCUUGUACAACUCAGUGACACAGAUACUAGAAAACAAUUAAUUGAUAAAUUACCUACCGGCACUGGUGGAUCCACCUGCAUUGGUUGUGGUCUGAAUUCUGGGAUUGAAGUACUAGAACAUGGUUGGGAAAGUCCAUCUGGUGGAAUUCUGUUUUUGAUAACAGACGGUGACGAAAACGUCCGGCCAUAUAUUGAAGACGUUAUUGAUGAACUGGUAGAAAAAGAAAUCGUUGUUGAUACUCUUGCGCUAAGUGACGAAGCAGAUCCUGGUUUGGCUGAACUUUCAGAAGAGACCGGUGGUACGGCUUAUUGGUAUUCAGAAAGUGACAGUUCUACAGGUUUACAUGAUGCCUUUACCGACACUAUAACUAGCCGUACGAGUAGCAGCACAAGUACCCCAGUACAGUUGUCCAGCUAUAAGACGACAAUCGCUGCCGCCGACACCCUGAGUGAAUACGUCUACAUCGACUCCACCAUUGGCAGACACACAGUAUUCUUUAUAUUCUGGGAUUUCAGCAGUACCGAAGCAGUGCACGUUGUUAUAAAAUCACCUGAUGGAAGUAUCAUUGAAGAUGGAGACACUGGUAAAUACCUUGAAGAUUAUAAUACACGUACAAUUACUGUCGCAAUUGAAGGCCUUGCUCAGUCAGGUCAAUGGUUCUAUAACAUUACAAAUCCUGAUAGUGUAGAUCAAGUAGUAGAAGUGUCCAUUGAAUCUACAUCUACAGACCCCGAUGCUGAUCCACUACGACUACAAUCAACUGUUGGAAGUGAACUAAUCACCGAGUCACCGCCUCAGGUAGCUAUAUACGCCACGGUUCACAGGGGUUAUGAACAGAUCCUUGGAGCGAAUGUUAUUGCUACUAUAGAGAGACCGAGUCCUUAUGAUCCAAUUGACUUGAGUUUAUUGGACAAUGGCGUAGGUGCUGAUAUUACAGGCGAUGACGGAACAUAUUCCGGUUAUUUCCUGGAUUUUGUUGAUGCUCAUUGUGAGCAAGCUUGUAGGUAUGCUGUACAGGUGACAGCAGAUGACGGACAUGGCACUACCAAUACAAGAACUUUAAUUAGCACUGGAGCCAUGCCAACGAACUAUGAUGUUAUUCCUACGGAAGGUGAUCCUGUUCCUAUUGGGGAUUUCGGUAGAGUGGCUUCUGGAGGAUCGUUUCAGGUUGAUGAGAACGUGCACAUCCCUGGAGAAGAUGAGGAUCCCUAUCCACCAUCAAGAAUAUCAGAUCUAGAAAGCCCUUCAUCGAACUAUGAUGAACAAACAAUAACAUUACGAUGGACUGCAGUGGGUGACGAUCUUGACCAAGGAACAGCUGAGUAUUAUGACCUCAGAUAUUCCACUUCAUUUAGUGAGAUUUUGGAUCACUUUGAUAAUGCUACGCAAAUAACUAAUGAUGACUUGGUUGUUGGGAAUUUAACUUCUCCGCUGCCAUCUGGAUCUGAAGAGAAUUUCAUCGUAUGGCUUCCUACAAAAGGAACGGGUACAACGUACUACUUCGCUGUACGUGCUGUGGACAAAGCUGACAACGAAGGUGACAUUUCCAAUGUGGCACAGAACACUAUAGUGCCAAUACCGACAAGUGGACUGGAGUGGUGGGAGAUAUUUCUAAUUAUUCUUUGCUGUGUUCUUGCCAUUGCCAUCAUUGUAUGGGUAACUGUAUGUGCAAUGCAUUAUUGUCAGAUGAAGAACAAAACUAAAGACUCUUCUAAAACUGCAAACACUGAAGAUCUGGAUAAUCCUUCAUAUGUUGUAGUUUACUAA